AUGCCAUCUUCUCUCAAUCUGCCUGUUCUGGAGCGCCCUCCCAAUACACCGUCUCCAGGCUUGUCUUCAGAAGCGACCUCGCGCAAGGAUGCUUGGUGGAAGACACGCUUGUUCAGCGGCAUGAUAAACGACAUACGGCGGCGAGCACCAUUCUAUUUGAGCGACUGGAAAGAUGCGUGGGACUACCGCGUCGUGCCUGCGACAGUCUACAUGUACUUUGCGAACAUCCUGCCAGCACUCGCCUUCUCGCUCGACAUGUUCGAAAAGACCAAUGAGAGCUUUGGCGUCAACGAGGUUCUUCUUGCUUCAGUGCUGGCCUCGGUCGUCUUUUCGCUCGCAGCAGCGCAGCCUCUCGUCAUCGUGGGUGUCACUGGACCAAUUACCGUCUUCAACUACACCGUAUACGAUAUUAUCACCCCACGGGGCACCAACUACUUCGCCUUCAUGUGCUGGAUAGGCAUAUGGUCCUUGAUCUUCCACUGGAUCCUCGCGAUUACAAACUCCUGCAACGGCUUACGAUACGUUACGCGCUUCUCCUGCGACAUAUUCGGGUUUUACGUCGCGUUCAUAUAUCUACAAAAGGGGAUACAGGUGUUGACGAGGCAAUGGGCUGUGAGCGACGCUUCGGCAUACCUCUCGAUUGUGAUCGCUUUGCUAGUCACUGCGGUUGCAUACAUCUGCGGCAUUGUGGGACAGUCGUCGCUACUGCAGCGUCACGUUCGAAAGUUUGUCGAGGACUAUGGUACUCCGCUUACCGUCAUCUUCUUCACUGGUUUCGUGCACAUCGGAAAGAUGGCUGGCAUUGAGUUGCUCAAGCUACCCACUUCGAAGGCGUUCUUUCCCACUACAGAUCGUGGAUGGUUCAUCCAUUUCUGGGACAUAAGUGUCGGCGAUGUGUUCCUGGCUAUCCCGUUCGCCGUGCUUUUGACUAUCCUAUUCUGGUUCGACCACAACGUUUCUAGUUUGAUCGCGCAGGGCACGGAAUUUCCGCUGCGCAAACCGGCAGGCUUCCAUUGGGAUAUCUUUCUCCUGGGCAUCACGACUGGAGUUGCGGGCCUACUAGGUAUCCCGUUCCCGAAUGGCCUCAUCCCACAGGCACCGUUCCAUACUACAUCGCUUUGCGUGGCGCGCACUGUCGCUGAUUCGGACGACGAAGACAACAAAGGCCACGGCAAACGGGUUGUCGACCACGUGGUAGAGCAACGCGUAUCGAACCUUGCACAAGGCCUCCUUACCCUGGGCACAAUGACCGGACCACUUCUCAUCGUCCUGCAUCUCAUCCCCCAAGCUGUACUAGCCGGCUUAUUCUUCGUCAUGGGAAUCCAGGCACUCGAAGCAAACGGCAUCACACUGAAGCUCAUCUUCCUUGCGAAGGACAGGCAUCUCACAUCACGAUCCGACCCCUUAGCACAGAUCAAGCGUCGCUGGGUCAUCUGGGCGUUCACAAUCGCCGCCAUUGGAUUCCCAGUCUUUAUCUUUCUGUACAUCCCCAUGCGGACGUUCUUGAUGCCCAACUUCUUCACGCAAGAAGAGUUGAAUGUUCUUGAUGCGCCGACUGCUAGUCCGUUUACCAUGGAAUCUGUGGGCGGUAACCAUGGGCAGGUUGUAGAACCGGACCCGAACGAACAGGUCCUCCAGGAGAGUGAAGAGGCGGAAAGAGGUGAACGGCGGAGCAUCAAUGAUGAGAAGAUGGGUGUUCUUGAGGGGCCGAGUCGGAGGAGAGGCAGUUUCCAGAGAGCGGAGUAA